CGUUAGUCGCUUGUGAAUGUUUAAGUGUCUAACACAAAAUUUGAAUGUAAUGAAAAAUUAACAUAUAAUUACUUGUUGAGUAAUGAUGUGCCUACAUAAAGAUUAAAUUAUUCACCAAUAUCAUAGGUGGUAUAUAAAUUUCCAAAAAAUAUACAUACUUCUUAUAACGGUUAAUUUACCUACAGAUAAAAUUGAUUUGUUUAAACUUAUCAAUAAAAGUUUUACUUGAAUCUCAUUAUUACCCUUAUGACUGUUUUUGUAAUUAACCCCUUAGUUGCAUGCAAAAUACAUAAAACGGUAAAGAUUAAAACAAGUGACAGUCAUGGUGGCAUAUCAGAAAAAGUGCUGGCGGCAUAUCAUGAUCGUCCGGGCCGCGAUAACACUUACAUGUUAUUGCAUUAUUAAAAUCACAGAUCCAUAUAUAUUAACAAGUGCACAAGCAACAUCCGCUAGUGUUGCAUCGCGAACCCUAGCUGGAAAUGGAAAUGUACAUCAUCGAUUACCGCGCACCAGUGCCAGCCAACACAGUAGUGGAACUAGUGCACCUACAAGUUUCAAACUUGCUGCAAAAUCACUAAACACAACCAGACACGUCAACUUGCGCCUAAGAAUACUGGUAGAAAAAACAUCGUAAAUGUCACUAUUUCGCCAACGUUUCAACUACUUUUCCCAGCGAUUUAGAUCCUAAAAUGGUAAAAAUGAACAUGUUGCAUAGUGAGUUAUUUUUAAAUAAACUCAUAGUAAAUUC